GGGGGGAAGUCACAGGACGACCACGGCACUGGAUGGAAUUCUUUGUUGUGCAAUUAAGUAACUCAAAGGACAGUUCAAACCUGGAGGUCAAGGGAACAAAGAACUUCAGUUACAAGAAAAAAAAAUGAGGAAGAGUGAUCUUUUAAAUCAAGAGACCAUUUAAAGGAGAAAAGAGGCAGUGUUUACUACAAGAAUGCCCUUUGUAAGUGCUAUGAUAAGCCAGCCACUACAAAGCAGUGCUUACUUUCAAGGAUUUUAGAGCCAUAUAGUCAGAUAUCCAUGACUUUGCUGUCUGUGGACUUAACAACAAAGCUCUUGGGGUUGGAACUGCAGUGUCCCUGGGCUGCAAGAAAAUGUUUCUUAAUGGCCAAGCUGCAAAUUGGGUCUGUAGUGACUUUCAAAGCAGAAAUUUGAGUUCUAAAUCAUACGGAGUUAAGAAGCAUCAGCUGCAUUGCGGUAAUGAAUGUCCAUGUUUGCAGCACAUCAUAUGAAUAUUUUAUCUCAUACCAGCUCAAUACAGUAAGUAUCAGAUUUUGUUGAGGUUAAUUAAACCUAAGUCAGAACGUUUCAGUUACAUUCUCUUUAGAAAAAUAACAGAAUUUCAUGUAUGUACAGCACCUAGACAACAGCCUGCAAUGGUAGUGCUUUCACCUGUUGACCCUUGAUAGUGACAAGAACAGGGUUUGGCCAUUUUAGUUUCCGUGUCAUUUGUAACUCAUGCCUCUUGCUAUAUCCACAGUUGCAUAAUGGUCUCCAGAUGUCACAAUGACUGAUAACACAUGACAACAAAGAGGAACUGAACAUAGAGGAACCCUCUUAUUCUGUUUUUCUGCUACUGCUUCUCAGACUGUUUUCAAAGUUUGGGCAUUAUGAAAGCUUGUGAACCAACUUCAUCCACUAUUACAAUAAGGGUAGCAACUGGAAAUCUUUAAAAUACGGACUGUGCACUUCUCAGGCGCAUGCAAAGAGGUAUUUCCUGUAUCAUUGAGACAACAGUCUUGAGAAGAUUGAAAAAGAGGGAAGUAAUUGGUUUUAUCUCUACUUUGGAGGCAGAAAAACAGACUGCAUGAGUCACACAGGGAGAGACAGGAGCACCUCCCAAAACACCCCAAGUUGUAGCCCAAGCCCUUCUCCAUAGUUCUCUCCUGUAUCCUGCUGUGAGACAGGAGGAAUUAAACUUCUCCCUCUCUGAGGUUCUUCCACUUCCAGCAUGGAGGUGAAUCAAGAAAAACUGUGCACCGGUAAGGCUGAUGUGAGCGCAGAUUCUGCAUAUCAUUGCUCAGCGUGUCACGAUGAUGAGGAGUGGAGCAGUACUAGCCGGGGACGAGCUAAGUCACGAAGCCUAUCUGCUUCUCCAGCCCUAGGAAGCACCAAAGAAUUCAGGAGAACACGCUCCUUGCAUGGACCAUGCCCAGUGACCACAUUUGGACCAAAGGCCUGUAUGCUGCAAAAUCCUAAAGCGAUUAUGCACAUUCAGGAUCCAGCAAGCCAGCGGUUGACAUGGAACAAACCUCCCAAGAGUGUCCUUGUUAUUAAAAAGAUACGUGAUGCCAGUCUGCUGCAGCCUUUUAAAGAGCUCUGUGUGUAUCUUACUGAGGUGAACAAUAUGAUAGUGUACGUAGAAAAAAAAGUUUUGGAAGACCCUGCUAUAGCUAAUGAUGAUAAUUUUGGACCAGUGAAGAAGAAAUUUUGUACCUUUAGAGAAGAUUAUGAUGAUAUCUCCAAUCAGAUAGACUUUAUCAUAUGCCUGGGAGGAGAUGGGACCUUACUUUAUGCUUCUUCACUUUUCCAGGGUAGUGUACCUCCAGUUAUGGCUUUUCAUCUGGGAUCCCUUGGAUUUCUUACUCCAUUUAAUUUUGAGAAUUUUCAGUCCCAAGUCACUCAGGUUAUAGAAGGCAAUGCAGCACUUGUUCUGCGAAGCAGGCUGAAAGUGAAAGUAGUAAAAGAGCACAGAGAGAAGAUGACAGUACAAAAUGGUAUAGAAGAAAAUGGAGUGGUGCCUACGAAUAUAGAGAAAGAAGUGGGCAAGCAAAUUAUGCAGUAUCAGGUCCUAAAUGAAGUUGUUGUGGAUCGUGGUCCUUCUUCUUACCUUUCCAAUGUAGACGUCUUUCUAGAUGGACACCUGAUAACAACAGUGCAAGGAGAUGGAGUCAUCGUCUCCACACCAACUGGUAGUACUGCGUAUGCAGCUGCUGCAGGAGCUUCUAUGAUUCAUCCGAAUGUUCCUGCAAUAAUGAUCACCCCAAUCUGCCCUCAUUCGUUGUCUUUCAGACCUAUAGUUGUUCCUGCUGGAGUGGAACUCAAGAUAAUGCUCUCCCCGGAUGCCAGGAAUACAGCAUGGGUUUCAUUUGAUGGAAGGAAGAGACAGGAAAUAUGCCAUGGAGACAGUAUUAGCAUCACUACCUCUUGCUAUCCCCUUCCUUCGAUCUGUUUCCGAGAUCCUGUGAGCGACUGGUUUGAAAGCUUGGCUGAGUGUUUACACUGGAAUGUUCGGAAGAAGCAAAAUAACUUUGUUGAAGAAGAAUUUUGAGCGUCUACAUGUAAUGACUCAUGGGAAUGGAAAGUGGCAGUAUCCCUUUUAUAUGCUUUUAAAGUUUUUGCUAACGUGUGUGAUCACCAUCUCAGACACAUAUAUAGCGAUAUACUUUAUAUCCGUCUGAUCUGCUGAUGGCUGGAAAUAUUGUGCUACUUCCUGUCCAGCAGGAAAAGAAAUGGAAGAAGUGAGGCUCUGAUUGUUUUAAUGCAGUUUGAUGAAUUUCCUUUAAAUGAGCAGUCUGAAAAUGGGUUAUUUCAGAUUGGUAUUGACAACCACAUCUGUAGGUUUGAUUGUAACGCAACUUACCAAUAAUGUGGUGUAGGCUGUAUGUAGAUACAUAAUAGAAAAGUGGCAGUAGAAAAGAGGCAUGAAAAUAGUCUGUUUAAUUUGUUAUAUAUGUAAUUCCAUUUGUUAAGACAUCUAUGCAUAUAAAAGCUCUAAAAAUUACUUUAAAAAAAUAAAGCACUUCUUUUUUUAGCUUAAGUACACCUCCCCCAGAACACCUCCCUAUUAAGACAGCUUAAAAUACUUUUUUCUUACUUGCAAAUGUGACAAAACCUGUGAAGGAACACAGCUGUUUUUAUGAAUAGAUGAAAAUAGUGUUAAAAAAGUAUACAUAUAUAUCUCCAUAAGAUAUAUAGUGCUCAUGAAGAAUGUUUUUUGUGAAUAGAUGGAAUUAGUGAAAACUAAGUAACGCAUGCACAAACACGUGCACACAGAGUGCCCAUUUGUUUGAAUGGUGUUUGACCCUUAGCUGUCAUCACUGUGUAAAUAACCUCCACUAGCAUGGACGAGCAUUUGCUUGUGCUGGGUUGGUUAUUUCAGUGAUCUUCAUUUUUGCAGCUGAGCUAGUUUGUAGCUCUGCAGUUCCUGUUGGUGGGAAUCAUCAAUGUGUUGAUUUUAUUUUUGUUGAUUCUCUAGAACAAAUGGUAGCGUUAGGGACAAUAUAGUAAAAAAUAAAAUAAAAUCUCAAGGUAUUCAAGAAGAAUCUGGACUUAGCUUACUACUAUAUUGCAUAGUGCUACUAUUUUGUUGAAGACAAUAGUGUCCUGAAUGCCCUUAACUUCCACAGAUAUCUUCCAACUCUGGGUGCUGAGUAAUACAGAAAGGGAUACUGCAUUGGUAGGCUGAUAAAUGAGAGGACACAUUCCCAGUAGAGUAGCAAUGGUGCCUUCAGCACAUUCAAGAUAUUCUAAGUCUCAUAUGUACUUUUUUUAAGAUGCUUUCAAAUGUUUCUAACUUCUCUGUACAUAUUUUAUUGUAUGUGCUUUUAUGAAAAAAAAAUAGUUUGGGAAAAAGAAAAGGGUUUGUACUGUACUUUAACUGAAAAAAAACAAACCCAAGAAUAAUGUUUACAUUUAUGUUCUCUGUGGUGCAGUCUCAUGGUCAUACUACCCAAACUUCAGCAUUUUCACAGUGUUGCUGCGUUGGCCAUUGAAGGAGUGGACGUUAUCAGUUAAAUUUAAGCCUGCGUAAUAAAAUUGCAGAGGAGAUAAUUUCUUACCGAAGAAGGUGGGAUUUCCUUGAAAGUGGAGUGAGAAGCUGUGUUAACUUUUCAUGAUUGUCUUAUGUUGUUUAUGUGGUCCAAAGUGGUAAUGGGAAAUGUAUUAAUUUCUGAACUCUGCCUAACGUGCUGUGCUCUAAUGGUUUAAAUAAUGUCUCUUCCAUUUUGGAUGCUGCCCUAGUCUGUCUAAUUUUAUUAAAUCAAGAUGAGAGCACUUUUCCAUAAAAGAGGAGCAAACUCUUAGUUAAUGAUUAAAAAAAAUCACAAUGAAAUAGUGUUAAUAUAAAUGAAUAUUCAUUUUGUAAAUUUUGUAGAAUAGAAUAUUGGUUUACUUUGGUCUAAACAGAAAAAUUUUGUGAUAUCUUGAGAAUGUCAAGAUAGCUUUUGAGAUUUAUCUUUCACUUGAAUCUGCAUUAAUUGUUUUAUCACUGUUUUGAAGCUGCUUACGGGUUUUCUAAGCUGGGGUAUUCAGUUAUUAAAUAGCUGUUUACUUUUUGAGCUAUGAAAAAAGCAUCAAACUUUUUGCUUUGAAACUAUUCUUUUAUUUAAACAUGCAAUAAUUGAGAAGAGGAACAGGGUAUAGUGGCUAAAUAAAUAUAUUGUUUAGUGAAAAAUAAGCAGAAUACCAGGCACACUAGGAAGUGGAAAUCAUAUUGUGGAGGUGAGGUGAAAUUAAUGAGCCUUAUCUAUCUAGUAUUUUUGUAAAGAUAAAACUAUAUUCAGCACUUUUUAUUUAUGCUUUUAUAAUAGUAAAAGUAUCAUUUAAUAAAUUGUAGAACUUUAAUUUGCAGAGUGCAUAGUUCAUGAAAUGUAAACAAAACUUACCUAUUUCUUCUAAAUCAGAUCUGCUGGAGUUGUCUUUAAAUUUAUCACGUACUGCAAUUGAAUUACUGGCUUUGAAGCUUCUGCAGUUUUGCUUGUACAACUUUUCCUGCUUGAUAACAAUAUUAUUUGGAUCACUGCUCAGCCUAGUAGAGAACUACAGUCACUGACCACAGGAAAGUAAGUCAUAUGAUGGCUUUAGUCCUUUGCUUUUUCUUCAGAAAAGCUCCUUUGAUUAUAAUUGUACUAGCUGCUUUGUAUCAAAACGCAACACAAAUUACUUGUGUUAAUAUAUUAUGAAUUUAUUGAAUUGUACAAAGUCUCUUUUCAAGGCCUUUAAUCUGCAAACCAGCAAUUCGCAAGCAGGCUAGUGAAGUUUGAUCAGCACUCAAGUUUUCUGCAUAUUUAACUGCUUGAAGUAUGGGUAACACGUUCAAACUACACCUGAAUGAUAAAAGCUCUAACACAGACUGGGUUAUAUUGGAGGUAAAAGCUUAUUUUGCUGAUGUAGCUUAAUCAAACUAGUUUAAACUGUAUUAGUAAAACAGAGUUUUGCUGAUUUAUUUUUAUUUUUUAAUAUGAGGGUUGGAAAUAUCACUGUACCUGUAAACAUUUUCCAGUCUACAUAGGGCCAAAAUGGAAGCUUGGAAAUUGGUUAAAAAAAAAAAGUCUCUACUAGAGAGUUCAAGUUAUUGAAAACUGGUGGGGUAUGGUAUAAAGCAGAGUGUACUGAAUUUUUGAAAGAGGAAAAAUCUUGUUACAUAUUGUUAAUGCUUUGAAAACUUGUUUUAAAUAUUGUUGAAAUCAAAUAUUUUUCAAUCCUUUCAAUAAAAUCUUUUUUGUAAAGUUGGAUUUGUUUAGCAGCAUUUGACUGAGACUAUACAAUUAGGUAUACACAAUUGCUUACUUGGAAGAUGAAUAUCCAGUGUGGGUUUCUGAUGCAUUAUCUCAUGGUAGUUUCUAGAUGGUAGUUUCUGUUUUUUAGAAAUAUAUGUAAGGCUAUUGUGAUUGUGUAUGUCUGAUACAAGUCUUUUCUCAAAAGUUUCAAAA